AGUUGGAAAACCCUGAUUCCAAAUAAAUGGUGCACAUUGGCUUCAGUAUCCAUCUCCAAUGCCUAUCAUUUAUGAUUCGCUCGCUCAUGAUCUUAUGACUUUCUGGCCUGUGUCAUUUGUCAAUAAGACUGUAGCUGCCGUUUCUCUUUGCCUUCCGAUAUUAUACACCGUUAAGAUUUGUGUUAUAACGGUUAUUGAGGUGAUUGAUUAACGAAGCACGGCACUACACUGUAUUGGGCUUUGUGAUAUGCUUUUUUUAUCACUGAUGAUUGUGUAAUUGGUAUUUACAGUAGUGUAACACUUCUGAAUUGAAUUUUUCAGCUUCAUAUCUGUACUGCACCUGUUUCUGAUCAGUUAUAUAAUUUCUUCUUUUUCAAAUAGUUGUUAGAAGAUUUACGGUGAACUGGUUUUAGAUGAGUGUCUUUUUCGCGCCUCGUGGUUUAAAAUGUAACCUAAAACAACAACUUCCGGCAAAUGGUGACUUAACAAAUGAACAACUCUUAUUGUACGUAUCCUUUUAUAAAUCUUAUUUACUGGAAGAUUACAUAAUAUAUUUGGGGAUUUAAUCAUGAAGGCAUUAUUGAUUGUUGAAUGUGGUUCCAUAACUAUUGAACGGUCAAAAUCAUCUCAACAUCAACUAUUUCGAGUAGAAUCAAGUUCCGGUUCAGUGAGUUACUGUUCAAAUUGCACACGCUAUUGUCGUUGUUUUAAUACAGUACAGAAAUAUAUUGAUCCUUUAUAUGAAUUAUGGUGUGAACAUAAUCUUGCCAUAUUUCUAGCUGAAAUAAUGGGUAAAACAAAAGUGGUUUAUUUACAUGAUGAUGUAUUUUGUCGAUCUUUGGAGAUGUUAUAUAGCAAAGAUAACACUAGUACUAAUGCUUUGGUUGGUGAAAGUUCUAAAUAAAGUUUUCAUUUAU